CUCUGUUUGACCUGUGUGGGUUUCCGUACUGUUGAAGCGGUGUUGACUGAUGUGUGAAAAUGGCAGAGCUGACCACACUAGAGAGCCUUCUGGAGAUGGGCUUUGAAAGAAACAGAGCUGAGAAAGCAGUGGCUAACACGGGGAACCAGGGAAUAGAACAAGCAAUGGACUGGUUAAUGGAACAUGAGAAUGACCCAGACAUCGAUGAGCCCUAUGUGCCGCCUGUGGGGAACGUCCUGGGAGGAGAAGCAGACAGCCAGUCCAGCACAGAACAGCCGACACUAGCAGACACCGCUGAAGGUCAGGGCAUGUUGUGCUUUAUGGGGGACACGCAGGGCCACGACAGUGUGGCAGUAACAUCACUGUAAAUGUCACCUGGAGAUGUGCAAUGUGAUGAUGCACACGAUGAGACAAUAUGAAUUUUUCUAAUAUUAAAUGUUUUGUUAGAACGUCUCUACCAUUAGAGCUCUGCCUUUGAGACCCCUGAAUAUACAGUAAAAGGUUUUGAGCAAUGCAGUUUUUUG